UUUUCUCCUAAUCUCUCGUCUCUUGGGCGUUCCCCUCCGCCCGAGUUCGCCGUCGCCUGCAUCGUCGAUCGCGUCCCCCACCGCCCGCUUUUCCACUCGCGUUCGCCUCCGCCGGCCCUGAUGAUCAGCACUCUUAUUCUCUUUCUCAUCAUUCUCCGCAGCUGCCUUCCUCCCUCCCUCUCCUCCUCCGCCGCGUCCUUCCCUCCCCUGCUCAUUCUCCUUUCCUUCGCCGCCGCCUCCUUCUCUUCUAUUUUAUAAUUUUAGGCUCAUUUUUCGUUUUACGUCGUCCUCCACGCGAGGUCGGUGAACUGCCACGUCAUUAACUCGUAAAUAGUGUCGUUACGUAAUUCGCCUCAUUUGGCAGUGUCGUUGGCGCAGUCUCCCGAGGCAGCAGCGCCCAUAUUUCAACCGGGCCGAGCCGCCCACAUUCGAUCCCGGUCGAAGCCCUCUUUUCUCCCGGCUACAGAGGGCGCCAAGGGGCGACUCCGGCGACAAGGUGUUGGAGUCGAUCAUCGCUGCGAGACGCGAGGCUGAAACGAGUGUAAGGAUGCAAGACAAUGAGAAACAAACGUUUGACUUGGGAUUGUUUGUUGGAGAUUUGGCUUUAGACGAGGAUGGAAGCAGUGAUGAUAUUUCAUUGGAGGGACUGCAAGAAGAACUUGAAGAAUGCAAGAAUGUAGAAGAAGUGGCAAAUAUACUUUCGAAAGGCACAAAAUUACGAGAGUACACAAAAGGUGUUGAGAACAAUGUACGCCAGGUUGAACUGGACUCAAUUCAGGAUUACAUUACUGAGAGUGACAAUUUAGUUUUAUUGCAUGACCAAAUUCGUGAUUGUGACAUCAUCUUAUCUCAAAUGGAAACAAUUCUCAGUGGCUUUCAGUCAGAAAUUGGUUCAAUAAGUUCAGAAAUAAAAAGUCUCCAGGAGAAAUCGAUGGACAUGGGUCUGAAGCUGAAAAACCGAAAGGGUGCAGAAUCUAAACUGGCAAAAUUCGUGGAAGACAUUAUUGUUCCCCCAAGGAUGGUUGACAUUGUGAUUGAUGGAGAGGUUAAUGAUGAAUAUUUAAGGACCCUUGAAUUACUAAGCAGAAAACUGAAGUUCAUUGAAGUUGAUUCUAUGGUCAAAGGAUCUAAAGCUCUAAAGGAUAUUCAGCCUGAACUGGAAAGGUUAAGGCAAAAAGUUGUUGCAAAGGUAUUUGAAUUCAUUACCCAGAAGUUCAAUGCCUUGAGAAAGCCAAAGACAAAUAUUCAGAUUCUACAACAGAGUGUUCUUCUUAAAUAUAAGUAUGUGAUUCUCUUUCUUAAAGAACAUGGUAAAGAGAUAUACACUGAAGUUCGUGCAGCAUAUGUUGAUACAAUGAAUAAGGUCUUAAGUGUUCAUUUUCGUGCAUAUAUUCAAGCACUGGAGAAACUGCAGCUGGACAUUGCAACUGCCACAGACUUAAUUGGCGUUGAAACUAGGAGCACAGGUUUUCUCUUACGAGGAAGAGAACCUUUGAAGUACCGUUCUGCUGUUUUUGCUUUAGGUGAAAGAAUAAAUAUACUGAAGGAAAUUGAUCAGCCUGCAUUGAUCCCACAUAUAGCUGAAGCUAACUCUGUGAAAUAUCCAUAUGAAGUUCUUUUUAGGAGUUUGCACAAGCUUUUGAUGGACACUGCCACUUCAGAGUACCUCUUCUGUGAUAACUUCUUUGGAGAAGAAUCUAUAUUCCAUGAAAUCUUUGCAGGGCCAUUUCAAGUGAUAGAUGAACAUUUCAACACAAUACUUCCAAACUAUUAUGAUGCAAUUGGUUUGAUGCUUAUGAUUCGCAUCAUACACCAACACCAGUUGAUCAUGUUUAGGCGACGGAUUCCAUGUCUGGACUCAUACUUAGACAAGGUGAACAUUUCACUAUGGCCUCGUUUCAAGAUGGUAUUUGACAUGCAUCUGAACAGCUUACGCAACGCCAAUAUAAAGGCUUUAUGGGAGGAUGAUGUUCAUCCUCACUAUGUUAUGAGACGCUAUGCUGAAUUCACAGCAUCCCUUGUGCACCUCAAUGUUGAAUAUGGUGAUGGACAGCUUGAUCUAAACCUUGAGCGACUUCGGAUGGCUGUUGAUGACUUGCUUGUUAAAUUGGCUAAAGCAGUUGUGAAGCCCAAGUUACAGACAGUAUUUCUUAUAAACAACUAUGAUAUGACAAUUGCUAUAUUGAAGGAAGCAGGUACCGGAGGAGGGAAAUUGCAAGAGCACUUUGAGGAACUGUUAAAGAGCAACAUAGGAGUAUAUGUGGAAGAAUUGCUUCUAGAGCACUUUGGUGACCUUAUCAGAUUUGUCAAGACUAAUGCUUCUGAAGACACGAGUACCGGUGCUGGGAAGCCCAGUGUUGCUGAUGUUGAUCCAUUGGUCAAGGAUUUUGCCAACAGGUGGAAGGCUGCAAUUGAACUGAUGCACAAAGAUGUUAUUACUUCCUUCAGCAACUUUUUGUGUGGAAUGGAGAUCCUGAAAGCAGCAUUGACACAGCUACUCCUAUACUAUACAAGGCUCUCAGAGAGUGUGAAGAAAAUUCCUGGUGGUUCUGCCUUAAACAAGGACUUGGUUUCCAUAUCCUCAAUAUUAUAUGAAAUCAAAAAAUACUCGAGGACUUUUUGAUUUCCCAAGUAUUCACACAGCAUGAUAGGAUUUUUUUUCCCUGGGGGAUACUGUUCCAUGUUUGCCACCACAGUUUCUCUGUAGCAGCACAAGAUGAUGAGGUUGAAUGAACGUAUUUCAUUCAGUUGGCAACUAGUUAUUUAACGAUUCCAGGAUAUAUGUAAGAGUUUUAGAUGUGUCAUUAAAAAUAAAUAAAACAUAUGAUGUUUAUGGGUUUGUUUUCGUGUCUGUACAUGUACUCUUUUGAGUUUAUGAUAUUGCUGAUUAUGUCA